AAACAAGUACAAUACCAACAUCGAUAAUCACUUCAAAGUUGGUGCUGGCAGUUCAGGUUUCAUCUUCUCCUCGUUUUCUCCGCCUCCAACACAACACAACACAACCACCUUCAUCACAAAACCUCAUUCAUUCAUUCACACAUUCACAUUCACAUUCACAAUCCACCAUGUCAGCCUCUCACACCCUCCACCACCUUCAACACUUCACCCCAACACCGCACACCACCUCCAUCUACACCCACCUCCCAUCUUCCACACUCUUCUUCCCCCGCACCACCCGCCACCACCUCCCCCUCAUUCGCUCCACCUCCUCCUCAUCCUCUGAAGUUCUCAUCUCCGGCGACAACAAUGGCGCCGGCCCAGGAUUGUCCCCGGAUCUGACCUCCUUCGAGGUGGACUCUGUGACAGAAGUGGAGCUCAAGGAGAAUGGAUUCCGCAGCACGAGGAGGACCAAGAUCAUCUGCACUGUGGGACCCGCCACCUGUGGCUUUGACCAGCUUGAGGCUCUUGCUGUCGGUGGAAUGAACGUUGCUAGGAUUAACAUGUGUCAUGGCACCAGGGAGUGGCAUAAGACUGUCAUUGACCGUGUCCGGAGGCUUAACCAGGAGAAGGGGUUCGCUGUUGCUAUCAUGAUGGACACUGAAGGCAGUGAGAUUCAUAUGGGUGAUCUUGGUGGUUCUUCUUCUGCCAAAGCUGAAGAUGGAGAGAUCUGGACUUUCAGUGUUAGAGCCUUUGAUUCUGCUCUACCACAACACACUAUCAAUGUGAACUAUGAAGGUUUUGCUGAAGAUGUGAAGGUGGGGGAUGAGCUAUUAGUGGAUGGAGGGAUGGUUAGGUUUGAGGUGAUUGAAAAGAUAGGUCCUGAUGUCAAGUGUGUCUGUACUGAUCCUGGCUUGUUGCUGCCGAGAGCCAACCUCACAUUCUGGAGGAAUGGUAGUCUAGUACGAGAAAGGAAUGCCAUGCUCCCUACAAUUUCUUCAAAGGAUUGGUUAGACAUUGAUUUCGGUAUUGCUGAGGGUGUUGAUUUCAUUGCAAUUUCAUUCGUCAAGUCUGCUGAAGUUAUUACUCAUCUUAAAAGCUAUAUUGCUGCACGAUCUCGUGAUAGUGACAUUUCUGUUAUUGCAAAGAUAGAAAGUGUUGAUUCAUUGAAGAACUUAGAGGAGAUCAUUCAAGCCUCAGAUGGAGCUAUGGUGGCACGAGGGGACUUGGGAGCUCAGAUACCUUUAGAACAAGUUCCAUCUGCUCAACAGAGGAUUGUUCAAGUUUGCAGGCAGAAGAAUAAGCCUGUCAUUGUUGCGUCCCAGCUACUUGAAUCCAUGAUUGAGUACCCUACACCGACAAGAGCUGAAGUAGCAGAUGUUUCUGAAGCAGUAAGGCAACGAGCUGAUGCUUUGAUGCUUUCGGGUGAGUCAGCCAUGGGCCAGUUCCCUGAUAAGGCCUUAACAGUUUUAAGGAGUGUCAGUUUGAGAAUUGAGAGGUGGUGGAGGGAACAGAAGCGCUUCGAAGCUAUGGCACUCCAAUCAGUUGGGACUUCUUUUUCAGAAAAAAUAUCUGAAGAAAUCUGUAAUUCAGCUGCAAAGAUGGCCAAUAUGUUAGAGGUGGAUGCGCUCUUUGUUUACACUAAGACAGGCCACAUGGCAUCUCUAUUGUCACGAUGCCGUCCUGACUGCCCAAUCUUUGCUUUCACUACCACUACAUCCGUGCGUAGGCGCCUGAACCUCCAGUGGGGCUUGAUACCUUUCCGCUUAAGCUUCUCUGAUGAUAUGGAGACCAAUCUCAACAAAACCUUUUCAUUGCUCAAGGCCAGAAAUCUGAUCAAAUCAGGUGACCUUGUCAUUGCUGUCUCAGAUAUGUUGCAGUCAAUACAAGUCAUGAAUGUCCCUUGAGAACAUCUUCCAUUUCUUCUGAAAGCGCGGCUAUAUUUCCUGUUGUUUGUUCGAAACUUCGAAUGCUGCAAGAGUGCUGAAGAUGGAGCAGAGAGAGAGAGAGAGAGAGAGAGAGAGACUACAUGAAUGAAUUCUGUCAUUUUAAAUCUAAAGGAUGCAGCAAACUUAAGUUUGGGAGAAUUUUUGUUUUAUGCCUCUGGAGUUCUUUUUCAGUUGGGUGAAGCAAUAUAGUAGUGUAGUGUAAGAUUCACCCCUUUAAGUUAUAAGGAAAAUCUGCAUUUUCUGUUAUAUUGUAUCUUUGUAUUAGCUUUCAAGUCAUAUUGAGUAAAAUGUGAUAUUUCAAUAAAGAUUCCAAUGUAGUCACUUAACACUAGGCAGUAUGGACUAUGGAUCCGUGUCAGUUAUGCUCAAUCAAUGUAUGCAUGUUUCAAAUUUUCUGUAUGCUACUCAUUGCAACUUUCUUUAGUUGCUUGCUUCACUUGGAAACAUUAGGCUUUGAUA